AUGCCUGCCCUCGGCCUAGCUCUUCUCCCGGCGCUCUGGGCCGGGUGGGUCCUCGCCCUCCAGUCCCCACCCCCGGCUGCCUUCACUCCUAACGGCACACAGCUGCAGCACUUGACACGGGACCCCACCUCAGGCACCCUCUACCUAGGGGCCACCAACUUCCUGUUCCAGCUGAGCCCAGGGCUGCAGCUGGAAGCGGCAGUGUCCACUGGCCCUGUGCUGGACAGCAGGGACUGCCUGCCGCCCGUGAUGCCUGACGAGUGCCCACAGGCCCAGCUUACCAACAACCCGAACCAGCUGCUCCUGGUGAGCCCGGGGGCCCUAGUGGUGUGCGGGAGUGUGCACCAGGGGGUCUGUGAGCAGCGACGCCUCAGGCAGCUCGAGCAGCUGCUGCUGCGGCCAGAGCGGCCUGGGGACACCCAGUAUGUAGCCGCCAAUGACCCUAUGGUCAGCACAGUGGGGCUGGUGGCCCAGGGCCUGGCUGGGGAUCCCCUCUUGUUUGUGGGGCGGGGAUACACCAGCAGGGGCGUGGGGGGUGGUAUCCCACCCAUCACGACCCGGGCCCUGCGGCCACUGGACCCCCAGGCUGUCUUUUCCUAUGAGGAGACGGCCAAGCUGGCAGUGGGCCGCCUCUCUGAAUACAGCCACCACUUUGUGAGCGCCUUUGCGCACGGGGCCAGCGCCUACUUCUUGUUCCUGCGGCGGGACCUACAGGCUCAGUCUCGAGCUUUCCGUCCUUAUGUGUCCCGUGUGUGCCUCCGGGACCAGCACUACUAUUCCUACGUGGAGUUGCCCCUGGCUUGCCAGGGCGGUCGCUACGGGUUGGUCCAGGCUGCGGCUGUGGCCGUGUCUGGGGAGGUGGCCCGUGGGGAGGUGCUCUUUGCAGCCUUCUCCUCGGCUGCUCCGCCUGCCGUGGGCCGGCCCCCGUCGGCAGCUGCCGGGGCAUCUGGAGCCUCGGCGCUCUGUGCCUUCCCCCUGGAUGAGGUGGACCGGCUUGCCAAUCGCACACGAGAUGCCUGCUACACCCGGGAGGGCCGCGCUGAGGACGGGACCCAGGUGGCCUACAUCGAGUAUGAUGUCAAUUCUGACUGUGCACAGCUGCCCGUGGACACUCUGGAUGCCUAUCCCUGUGGCUCAGACCACACACCCAGCCCCAUGGCCAGCCGCGUCCCAUUGGAAGCCACGCCAAUUCUGGAAUGGCCAGGGGUUCAGCUAACAGCUGUGGCCGUCACCAUGGAGGAUGGACACACCAUCGCUUUCCUGGGUGAUAGUCAAGGGCAGCUGCACAGGGUUUACUUGGGCCCGGGCAGCGAUGGUCAGUCAUACUCCACGCAGAGCAUCCAGCAGGGGUCUGCGGUGAGCAGAGACCUCACCUUCGACAGGACCUUUGAGCACCUGUACGUCAUGACCCAGAGCACACUUCUCAAAGUUCCUGUGUUCUCCUGUGCCCAGCACCUGGACUGUGCAUCUUGCCUUGCUCAGAGGGACCCUUACUGUGGGUGGUGUGUGCUCCUUGGCAGGUGUAGCCGCCGCUCUGAGUGCUCGCGGGGCCAGGGCCCAGAGAGGUGGCUGUGGAGCUUCCAUCCAGAGCCGAGCUGUCUGCGAGUGGCAACCAUGAGUCCUUCCAACAUCAGCCGAGAGGAGAGGAGGGAGAUUUUCCUGUCGGUGCCAGACCUGCCUCCCCUGCAGCCUGGGGAGUCGUAUUCCUGCCACUUUGGGGAGCACCAGAGUCCGGCCCUGCUGACCAGUUCUGGGGUGACGUGCCCCUCCCCAGACCCUAGCAAGGCCCCAGCACUGCCGAGAGGAGCCGACCACGUCUCUGUGAGUGUGGAGCUCAGGUUUGGCACUGUUGAGAUCGUCAAAGCUUCCCUCUCCUUCUAUGACUGCGUGGCAGUCACCGAGCUCCACCUGUCUGCACAGUGCCAGGCCUGCGUGAGCAGCCGCUGGGGGUGUAACUGGUGCGUCUGGCAGCACCUGUGCACGCACAAGGCCUCGUGUGAUGCCGGGCCCAUGGUGGUGAGCCAGCAGAGCCCGCUUCUCUCUCCAGCCCCUCCUGCAGGAGAUGUGCCCACCCCCUUCUCGCCCAUGGCCCCUAAAACCAUAGUCACCCCUGCUCCUGACACCCUUCCCGUGGAGCCUGGGGCUCCCUCCCUAGCCACAAUCUCAGAUAUCCCACCUGGGGCCAUACCUUCUAUGUUCAGCCCCUGGGGGCCGGGGACAGGCCCUGGCCCCGUACCUGCCCCUACCCCCACAGAGUCACCUCUUCAGGAAGAGCCCUCCACUCCAGGCUCCCCCAGCAGACCUGAAACCGCUGUGUCCAUCCCCACUGUCUUUGGACCCACAGCCACACCUGAGGAUCUCCCGGCCCCCCACCCACCACCCUCAGAUGCAGCAGCACUGCUCCCUGGCCCUGCAGACCCUGGCCCUGAGACACCCCCCUCUGUAGUACCCCUGGACCAGCCCCAUGGCACUGCUUCUGCCACCACUUUCCCAGGGGCUGUGGGCUCCACGAGGCCCACUCUGGACCGGCUAAUGAGAGAAGGCGGCGAGCUGCCGGAGGCGGACGAGCGGCCGGGAGGUGACGCGCCCGCCUUCUCCACUUCCACCCUCCUCUCAGGUGAUGGAGACUCGGCUGAGCACGAGGGCCCUCCUGCCCCCCUCAUCCUCCUGUCCAGCCUCGACUACCAGUACGACUCCCCCGGGCUCUGGGAGCUGGAAGAGGUGGGCUGGGGGGCGAGCGCCUGCCCCUGUGUGGAGAGCGUCCAGGGCUCCAUGCUGAUUCCAGUCCUCGUGGAGCGCCAGGUCCGCCUGCUAGGCAGGAACCUGCGCCUCUUCCAGGAUAGCCCUGGAGACACUGAGUGUGUGAUGGAGCUGGAGGGCCGUGAGGUGGUGGUUGCAGCCCAGGUGGAGUGUGAGCCACCUCCGGAUACUCGGUGCCAUGUCACGUGCCAACAGUACCAGCUCAGUUACGAGGCUCUACAGCCAGAGCUCCGUGUGGGGCUGUUUCUGCGCCGGGCUAGCCGCCUGCGUGUGGACAGUGCUGAUGGGCUGCACGUGGUACUCUAUGACUGCUUCGUGGGACACGGGGACUGCAGCCGCUGCCAAACUGCCAUGCCCCAGUAUGGCUGUGUGUGGUGCGAGGGGGAGCGUCCACGUUGCGUGGCCCGGGAGGCCUGUGGCGAGGCUGGGGCUGUGGCCACCCAGUGCCCUGCACCCCUCAUCCACUCGGUGGAGCCACUGACUGGGCCCGUGGACGGAGGUACCCGUGUCACCAUCAGGGGCUCCAACCUGGGCCAGCAUGUACAAGACGUGCAGGACACAGUCAGGGUGGCUGGAGUGCCCUGUGCUGUGGACAUCCAGGAGUAUGAGGUCUCCAGCAGCCUUGUGUGCAUCACUGGGCUCAGCGGGGAGGAGGUGAAAGGCCCUGCGACCGUGGAGGUGCCGGGAAGAGGACAUGGUGUCUCCGAGCUCGACUUUGCCUACCAGGAUCCAGAGGUGUACUCCAUCUUCCCAGCCCGUGGCCCCAGAGCUGGGGGCACCUGCCUCACCCUGCACGGCUCCAAGCUUCUGACCGGGCACCUGGAGGACAUCCGAGUAGUGGUUGGAGACCAGCUGUGUCACCUGCUGCCGGAGCAGCAGUCGGAUCAGCUGCGCUGUGAGACCAGCCCACACCCUGCACCUGCCGUGCUCCCUGUGUCCGUGUGGUUCGGGGCCACCGAGCGGAGGCUCCGACACAGCCAGUUCCAGUACACGUCAGACCCCAAUGUCACCUCUGCCGGCCCCGCCAAGAGCUUCAUCAGUGGAGGACGUGAGAUACGGGUGCAUGGCCAGAAUCUGGAUGUGGUGCAGACGCCAAGAAUCCGAGUGACUGUGGCCCCAAGAGCGCUGCGGCCUGGCCAGGGGCUUGGUCGGAGACGCCGCAUGAUCCUGGAGACAGCAUGCUCCCCUGGAGCCUCCUGUGGUGGUCAACACUUUGAGGAGCCAUGCCACGUGAACUCCUCCCAGCUCAUCACGUGCCGCACGCCUGCCCUCCCGGGCCUGCCUGAGAGCCCCUGGGUCCAGGUGGAAUUUGUCCUUGACAGCCUGGUCUUUGACUUUGCAACACUGAACCCCAUGCCUUUCUCCUAUGAGGCCGACCCCACACUGUAUCCCCUCAACCCGGAGGACCCCAGCACACCAUUCCGGCACAAGCCCGGGAGCGUGUUCUCUGUGGAGGGGGAGAAUCUGGACCUGGCAGUGUCCAAGGAGGAGGUGGUGGCCAUGAUUGGGGAUGGCCCCUGCAUAGUGAAGACGCUGACCCGGCACCACCUGUACUGUGAACCCCCCACGGAGCAGCCUCUGCCCCGGCACCAUGCCUUCCGGGACGCACCUGACGCUUUGCCCGAGUUCACGGUGCAGAUGGGCAACCUGCGCUUCUCCCUGGGCCGUGUGCAGUAUGAUGGCGAGAGCCCCAUGGCCUUUCCCGUGGCAGCCCAGGUGGGCUUGGGGGUGGGCACCUCUCUUCUGGCCCUGGGUGUCCUCAUCAUUGUCCUCAUGUACAGGAGGAAGAGCAAGCAGGCCCUGAGGGACUACAAGAAGGUCCAGAUUCAGUUGGAGAAUCUGGAGAGCAGUGUGCGAGACCGCUGUAAGAAGGAGUUCACAGACCUCAUGACUGAGAUGACCGAUCUCACCAGCGACCUUCUUGGCAGCGGCAUCCCCUUCCUCGACUACAAGGUGUAUGCCGAGAGGGUCUUCUUUCCCGGGCACCGGGAGUCACCCUUGCACCGGGACCUGGGUGUGCCUGAGAGCAGGCGGCCCACUGUGGAACAAGGGCUAGGGCAGCUCUCCAACCUGCUCAACAGCAAACUCUUCCUCACCAAGUUCAUCCACACGCUGGAGAGCCAGCGUACCUUCUCAGCACGGGACCGGGCCUACGUGGCAUCCCUGCUCACGGUAGCACUGCAUGGGAAGCUCGAAUACUUUACUGACAUCCUCCGCACCCUGCUUAGUGACCUUGUGGCCCAGUACGUGGCCAAGAACCCCAAGCUGAUGCUGCGCAGGACAGAGACUGUGGUGGAGAAGCUGCUCACCAACUGGAUGUCCAUCUGUCUCUACACCUUCGUGAGGGACUCAGUAGGGGAGCCUCUGUACAUGCUGUUCCGAGGAAUUAAGCACCAAGUGGACAAGGGGCCGGUGGACAGUGUGACUGGCAAAGCCAAAUAUACCCUGAAUGACAACCGCCUGCUCAGAGAGGACGUGGAGUACCGUCCCCUGACCUUGAAUGCGCUGUUGGCUGUGGGGCCUGGGGCAGGAGAGGCCCAGGGCAUGCCUGUGAAGGUCCUGGACUGUGACACCAUCUCCCAGGCCAAAGAGAAGAUGCUGGAGCAGCUUUAUAAAGGAGUACCUCUUGCCCAGCGACCAGACUCCCGCACCCUGGAUGUUGAGUGGCGGUCUGGGGUGGCUGGGCACCUCAUUCUUUCCGACGAGGAUGUCACCUCGGAGGUCCAGGGUCUCUGGAGGCGCCUGAACACCCUGCAGCACUACAAGGUCCCGGAUGGAGCAACCGUGGCCCUUGUCCCCUGCCUCACCAAACAUGUUCUCCGAGAAAACCAGGAUUAUGUCCCUGGAGAGAGGACCCCGAUGCUAGAGGAUGUGGACGAGGGGGGUAUCCGGCCCUGGCACCUGGUGAAGCCAACUGAGGAACCGGAGCCACCCAGGCCUCGGAGGGGCAGCCUUCGGAGCGGGGAGCGGGAGCGAGCCAAGGCCAUCCCCGAGAUCUACCUGACCCGCCUGCUGUCCAUGAAGGGCACUCUGCAGAAGUUCGUGGACGACCUGUUCCAGGUGAUUCUCAGCACCAGCCGCCCUGUGCCGCUGGCUGUGAAGUACUUCUUUGACCUGCUGGACGAGCAAGCCCAGCAGCAUGGUAUCUCUGACCAGGACACCAUCCAUAUCUGGAAGACCAACAGCUUGCCGCUGAGGUUCUGGAUCAAUAUAAUCAAAAACCCACAGUUCGUGUUCGACGUGCAGACGUCUGACAACAUGGACGCGGUGCUGCUUGUCAUCGCGCAGACCUUCAUGGAUGCCUGCACCCUAGCCGACCACAAGCUGGGCCGGGACUCCCCCAUCAACAAACUUCUGUAUGCUCGGGACAUUCCCCGCUACAAGCAGAUGGUGGAAAGGUACUACGCAGACAUCAGACAAGCCGUCCCGGCCAGUGAUCAAGAGAUGAACUCCAUCCUGGCCGAGCUGUCCCGGAACUUCUCUGGAGACCUGGGGGCGCGAGUGGCCCUGCACGAGCUUUACAAGUACAUCAACAAAUACUACGACCAGAUCAUCACGGCCUUGGAGGAGGAUGGCACAGCCCAGAAGAUGCAGCUGGGCUACCGGCUCCAGCAGAUUGCAGCCGCUGUGGAAAACAAGGUCACGGAUCUGUAGGGAUACGUGAGCCGUGGCCACGGUUGCCUCAGCCCCGCCUGGGCAGGUCUGGAGCUGUGAAGGGAGACACCACCUUCUUAGAUGCUGUAGUGACUGACAAGCAGGGUUAGUGGAAAGUGGACUCCCAGCCUCCCAGUGCCUCUGGCCCGGGCCCUGUGGGACCCAUUUUGCAGGCCCUGAGGUACAUGGGGUCGUACCCAGCCUGCUCCCUGAGCCCAUUGCCCUGUGGGCUACUUCCUAUGGGACACCUGUCUGCGGGGAGUUGGGGACUAAGGGCUUCCAGAGAGUAGCCAG